CACCGCGCGAAUUUUAAAUUUAUUGUUUAUUUUUUAUUAUUUGCAUUUAAAAAUGGAAAAUACAGAUUUACCAGUAUUAGAAAAUAUUAAAACUCUCCAUAAAUAUGACACAAUCUAUAGUGCAGACUCUGUUGAGUGGUGUCCACACGAACCAAAUCAAAAUUUGUUUGUUUGUGGUAAUUAUCAGCUAACAGAAGAACAAGAAUUCAACUCAAACAACAAAAGACUGGGUCGCAUUUUACUUUUUACCCUAACAACUGACUUAAAACUUCUCCAAACCCUGGAUACUGCUGCAGUUCUAGACCAAAAAUGGUGCCCAAAUCAAAUAAACGGUUCCUCAAUUUUAGGGGUAGUCAACGCAAAACGUGCCCUAGAAAUCUACAAACUACAAAACAGCUUUUUGGUACUUGUUACGAAAUAUACAUUUCUUGAGGACCAGUCUACUGAGACUUUAAUUUUAUCUUUGGAUUGGUCUACUGGUAAAACCGAGUCUCAACAUCCUCAUGUCGCUUGUAGCGAUUCCAAAGGCAAUAUUCACUUGUUACAGCUAAUUAACAAUGAGUUAGUCAUGGAAAAAUCCUGGCAUGGGCACGAUUUCCAGGCUUGGAUAACAGGGUUUUAUUAUUGGGACCCUAAUAUUAUUUUCAGUGGGGGUGAUGAUGCAGUAUUUUUGAAAUUUGAUAAAAGAGCCGGUGAUAGUCCUGUAGCCAAAAACAAACAACAUGAAACUGGAGUUACAUCAUUUCAUUCCAAUAAGUCCAAGGAGUUCCUUGUAGCUACAGGUAGUUAUGAUGAGCAUGUAAGACUAUGGGAUGUUAGAAGUAUUAAAAAUCCUUUAAAUCAAUUGAAAAUGCCUGGAGGUGUUUGGAGAUUGAAAUGGGAUCCUUUUAGUCAGAGAUAUUUAUUAGCAGCUUGCAUGUUUGGAGGACUUCACGUUAUGGAGGCUCAAUCGGAUAAAAUGGUUAUUUUAGAUAGUUAUUAUGAACAUAAAAAUAUAACUUAUGGAGCUGAUUGGUCAUUUUUGAACUGUAAUGGAAAUGUUAUCAUUGGUUCUUGUUCUUUUUAUGAUCAUUUGUUAUGUGUUUCUAAUUUCACUUGUGAUUUUUAAAUUAUAGUAGCAUAAUCUUUCAAGUUACCUACUCAUAAGAAUAUUUUGACAAACUCAAAAAAAAAUAUAUAUAUUUGAUCUGUUAAACUUUUAUUUGUUAUAAAAAAAAUAUAUUAUGUAUUCUUAAAACUAGUUAACAAAACGCAAUAAUAAUAAUUUACAGAUUGCCUCUUA